AUGGUCAACAUUACGGAAAAGAUCAAGGAAAUCGAGGAUGAGAUGAGACGAACGCAAAAGAACAAGGCCACAGAAUACCACCUGGGACUGCUCAAAGGGAAACUUGCCCGGCUACGGGCGCAGCUCCUAGAGCCCGGUCCCGGGGCCGGCGGCGGCGGCGGCUCCGGCUUCGACGUCAGCAAGAGCGGCGACGCGCGAAUCUCCCUCGUUGGGUUCCCGUCGGUGGGCAAGUCGACGUUCCUGUCAAAGGUCACCAAGACGAGGUCCGAGGUCGCCUCGUACGCCUUCACCACCCUCACAGCCAUCCCCGGCGUGCUCGAGUACGGCGGCGCCGAGAUCCAGCUGCUCGACCUCCCCGGCAUCAUUGAGGGCGCCGCCGAGGGCAAAGGCCGCGGCCGCCAGGUCAUUUCGGCGGCCAAGACGAGCGACCUCAUCCUCAUGGUGCUGGAUGCCACCAAGAAGGCGGAGCAACGGGCUCUCCUCGAGGCCGAGCUGGAAGCCGUCGGCAUCCGGUUGAAUCGCGAGCCACCAAACAUCUACCUCAAGCCCAAGAAAGCAGGCGGCAUGAAAAUCACCUUCCAGACCCCCCCCAAGUACCUCGACGAAAAGAUGCUCUACAACAUCCUGCGCGACUACAAGAUGCUCAACUGCGAGGUGCUCGUGCGCGACGAGUCCGCCACCGUGGACGACUUCAUCGACGUCAUCAUGAAGGACCACCGCAAGUACAUCAAGUGCCUGUACGUGUACAACAAGAUCGACAGCGUGUCGCUCGACUUCCUCGACAGCCUGGCCAGAGAGCCGCAGACCGUCGCCAUGAGCUGCGAGCUGGACCUGGGCAUCCAGGACGUCAUCGACCGGUGCUGGAGGGAGCUCAGGCUGAUCCGCAUCUACACGAAGCGCAAGGGCGUCGAGCCGGAUUUCCAGGAGGCGCUCAUUGUCAGGAGUAACAGCACCAUCGAGGACGUGUGCGACAGGAUCCACCGCUCCCUCAAGGACACCUUCAAGUAUGCGCUCGUCUGGGGAGCCAGCGCGAGGCAUAUCCCGCAGCGUGUCGGGCUGGGUCACAUGGUUGCUGACGAAGAUGUGGUUUACAUUUGCAGUGGAUGGCGAGCAUAG